UCUGACUUACACUUCUCUACUUGUUUGUUAGUAUUAUAUAUUUUCAUAUUAGGUAAACGAAACAAUGACUUGGAAAAUUACAUUUUUGUUGGCGUGCCUUAGCGUUUUAGUAAUAGCACCAAACACUCCAGGAGAGAGUUCAGGUUCCAACGAAAAUCAACAGGAAUGCUUAGAGAAGUUAUAUCGCGUGGAACUUGUACGAUCGUUAAAUGAUAUGCCGACGUUAGCCGAGACGGAUGUUCACUUUGAAGACAUUGACAUUAAGUAUCUUACGGAAGAGUGCGACCUUGACACAAAUUGUUUGAAUCGGAAAGAAGCGUCCGUUAGUAAGUACCGCCGGAAAAUGGAAGCGAUCCAGUGUAUACACGGAUUGUUCGUUUUGAAAGUGAUGGGAGAACUGCGAGCAAUUGAGCCUGUUUCGCGCCAUCAACAUUAUCUGAAAAACAUGUUGUCGCUGUUGAACAUAGCGCAAUGGAACGCUUACGAAUGGCAAAUCGAAGUGUUCACCUUUGUGGAGGGUCUCGCGGCUCCAAACGUCAACUUAAGUCUGUACAGAGAACAUUUCAGAAACAACUACAAACGCAUGUGGCAUAAGCCGUUCGGGAUCGUCAGACAAUGUGUCCAAGAAAAAUAUUUACUGUAUCGAGGCGAGGCCGCAGUUCCGCUAAUGGAAAUGAUAGCCAGGCUCGUCGACGGUGUUUAUUCGCAGAUGGAAUUGUUGUACAGAAGCAGUGAGUUGGACGGCUACAGAAAUCUAGAAUUCUACACAGUAAAGAAUCUCAUGUUGAGGCAUAUAUAUACACGUCCCUUUAGCUUUUCCAGUUGGUCCAUGUAUGGUUACCAACUCGAUACGAACUCUGUCACACAUCAGUUGUUUUCGCACGCCGGGUCCAACGUUAGGCUCGAAUCGGAUCAUAGCUGGGAAUUGGACCCGAUCGGCGGUAAUAAGUACAAUGACCUGAUUUCCAAAUGCAUCCACUUAAGGCUUGUGCACUUCGUAUGGUUGCACUUGCAUAUAUAUCACACUAUAAGAAGCCGACCAACUUACGUCCACGACGCAUCACUGAGCCAUUUGUGGAACACGCUCGUUCCAACUCUGAAAAUUGUUUUGAGGAUGUUUCGGUUUAAGGAAAACAUCUACUGGUCUGCGUUACACAUUAUGAUGGACGACUUAGAAAACAUUAGCCUGGAUCAACUCGCGGCUCGGGAAAAGUAUACGAGAAAUUAUUUUUGUUAUGAUGUAGACGAUAUGGGACUCGCUAGUGCGUCCGACAUCGAUCGACAAUUAAAUGAAGUACAAGUUUCAGAAGACUACGGAGACGUGUACGACCAGAUCUAUCAUAAUUCCGAAACGCUAAAUGUGUAUAUUUUUACUAUAGGAUGUACAUUACUACCACUAGACGGCACAUUUAUUCGUAUAAUAGUGUCCGCCGAAAGAAAUGAAACCUUAACUAUGAGUUAAAUGAUUUAACAAUGAAUAAUAAAUAUUAAUGCAAUGAUAUAAAUACUAUUUUAAUAGUCAUAGUAUAAUAAUAUUUUUUUCUCUUCUGUUUACAUAGUUAAUCCUAAUAAUUGUUGUGUUGUAAUAUUUUUUCUUCAAUAUAAGCAUCUUAAACGAAAUAAUAAUAAUGAUUUUUUUUUUUGUUGCGAUUUUGUGAUGUGUAUUUCUAUUAUAACGUUUUGCAAACUUUAUGACACAUUGACCUUAUAAUCAUUGUUGAAUUACAAUGAGAAUUUUAUAGACGACAUGCGUGUUUUGAGCAUCAAUGCGGA